AUGGCUAAUUACCAAGAAAAGUAUCUAUCUCUUACUCUCUUCAUAGCUUUGUUGGCAUUGCCCUGCAAUGCCAUUUCAGUGCCGAAUAGAGAAGCUGAGGCCCUUCUCAAAUGGAAAGAAAGUCUCGGUAAUCAAUCUAUUCUGCAGUCAUGGGUCACUCCAGCUUCUGCCAAUGCUUCUACUCAAAGUCCAUGCAGAUGGCGUGGAAUAACCUGCAAUAAUGCAGGAAAUGUUAUUGCAAUAAAUCUAGCAUACACAGGUUUGAAGGGUACCGUUGAAAACUUGGAUUUUUCUUCCUUCCCAAACCUUCUUCGGCUUGAUCUCAAGGUAAACCAGCUCUCCGGAAAAAUACCGUCCAACAUAGGCUUACUUUCGAAACUCCAGUUCCUUGAUCUUUCCACAAAUUCUUUAAACAGCGAGCUUCCGGUCUCUCUUGCCAAUCUCACUCAAGUUUACGAGCUUGACAUUUCACGAAACAACAUAACGGGUGAACUAGACCCGCGUUUAUUCCCGGAUGGAACUAGUCGAUCAAAAACUGGCCUCAUUAGUCUCAAACGUUUUCUCCUUCAAGAUACUCUGCUUAGUGGCAGAAUUCCUGAUGAGAUAGGGAAUUUGCAGCAUCUGUCUCUACUAGCUUUGGAUGGGAGUCAUUUCUAUGGGCCUAUCCCUCCAUCUUUGGGUAAUUUGAGCAGUUUAACUGUUCUACGGCUUUCCAGUCUUCAACUUUCAGGUAACAUUCCUGUUAGUUUUGGAACUUUAAGCAAGUUAACUGUCCUGUAUUUGCACAUAAACCACUUAUCUGGUUUUGUACCGGAAGAGUUGGGAAAUAUUUCCUCAUUAGUAGUUCUCCAUCUGGCUGAGAACAACUUCAGUGGUCACUUGCCCCCAGAAGUUUGUGGAGGUGGAAAGCUUGUCAAUUUCAGUGCAUCCUUCAACAACUUCUCCGGUCCUAUCCCAAAGAGCCUGAAGAAUUGCAAGACCUUGUAUAGAGUUCGGCUCGAAUAUAAUCAACUUACAGGAAACAUAGCCCAAGAUUUUGGUGUGUACCCGAACCUCACAUAUAUUGACUUAAGUUACAACAAACUGAGUGGUGAACUCUCGCCAAAUUGGGGAGAAUGUCUGAACUUGACACUGCUGAAUGCUGCCGGAAAUAUGAUACGUGGAAAGAUCCCAGAUGAGAUUACUCAGUUGAACCAAUUAAUGGAGCUUGACCUUUCUUCCAACCAAAUUUCAGGAAUCAUUCCUGCACAAGUUGGAAAAUUAUCGAAAUUGUUGUCCUUAAGCCUGAAAGAUAACAAGCUUUCCGGCCCGAUACCUGCAGGAAUUGGAGGACUGCCAAAUUUACAGUCUCUAGACCUCUCAACGAAUAUGCUCAGAGGGCCCAUUCCAUAUCAGUUGGGGGAUUGCUUCAAGCUGCAGAAUUUACGUUUGAACGAAAACCACUUGAAUGGAACAAUUCCAUAUCAAAUUGGUAAUCUUGUUGCCUUACAAGAUAUACUAGAUUUCAGUUAUAACUCACUCUCUGGAGAGAUACCCUCACAACUUGGGAAGCUUACAACUUUGGAAAACUUAAACCUCUCCCACAACAAUCUCACUGGUAAAAUUCCUUCUUCACUGAGCAACUUGAGGAGCUUGGUGGCUGUUAAUCUCUCAUACAACAACUUGGAGGGUCCACUUCCCAACAGCAACAUUUUUCGGUCAGCUCAACCAGAGGCUUUUAGCAAGAACAAAGAUCUAUGCGGUGAAAGAGAAGGUUUAAAACCUUGCAGUCCCACAUCGACAGAGAAGAAAAGUGGAAAUGAUAAACAAAAGGUUGUUGUUAUUGUUGUUGCUUCUUUGGCAAGUAUAUCAAUCUUUUUAAUUGUUUGCAUAUGGAUUUUAGCAUUUCGCCAUCGGAGAUCAGUAAAUCAGUCCCAAAUUGAGGGCAGAGAAAAGCGGGAAAAUCUUUUCUCACGAGGGCAUUUUAAUGGGAAAUUCACGUACAAAGACAUUCUUGAAGCUACAAAGAACUUUGAUGAGACGUGCUGCAUUGGAGUGGGAGGAUUUGGAAAAGUCUAUAAAGCAGAAAUGCCAGAUGGUCAAGUAUUUGCUGUUAAGAAGUUGAGUUCCCAUGAUGAGAUGGAGAUUGGGGAGGUGAAAAGUUUCAAGAAUGAGGUUGCAGCUCUGACAGAGAUAAGGCAUCGAAACAUCGUAAAGCUCUACGGGUUUUGUUCUGAAAAAAGACAAUUUUUUUUGGUGUACGGGUUUAUGGAAAGGGGAAGCUUGGCUAAGAUCUUGAGCAAUGAUGUCGGAGCCAAGGAAUUAGACUGGACGAAAAGGAUUCGAGUUAUUAAAGGGGUAGCUCAUGCUCUAUCUUAUAUGCAUCAUGAUUGUGUUCCACCAAUAAUUCAUCGAGACAUAUCGAGCAAGAAUAUCUUACUGAGCUCUGAAUUUGAGGCCUGUGUAUCGGAUUUUGGCACUGCAAGGUUGUUGACUCAUGAUUCAUCCAACUGGACAGCAGUUGCAGGAACGUAUGGCUAUGUUGCCCCAGAGCUUGCUUACUCUAUGGCAGUCACCGAAAAAUGCGAUGCAUACAGCUUUGGUGUUUUGGCACUAGAAGUUCUGAUGGGAAAGCAUCCUGGGGAACUUAUAUCCUAUCUACAUUCAUUCUCUGAUCCAAGAAUCGGCUUGGCAGAUGUCUUAGAUCCUCGUCUCUCUCCUCCUAUAGGCCGAAAACUUGAAGAUGAAUUAUCGUUCAUGUUAAACCUUGCUAUCUUAUGUUCACAUGCCAAUCCCCAAUCUCGACCAACCAUGCGUAGUGUGUCUCAGCAGCUUGAAGCAGGCUGUUUCUAAUAGAGAUAGGAAUUCCAUUGCAUGUAUCUAAGCUACAAACAAGUGAAUAACACUUCCUCAUGUUUGGCUUUAUUA